AUGAGUUACCAAUUAUGCGACCAGUGCCAAAGACUUGAACUUAGCGUUGACAUGUUCAAGAUUGGCGGUGGCAGCAGUUGCAGCCCCUCGUCAUCACAGUCUUUGCGACCAAGUAAUGGAAGCCCUUUCUUCGCCACUCUAAAAACAAUCGAGGCGAGGGCGUCCGAAUGUUCGCUUUGCAAAAUCAUCGCCGCUGCUAUUCCUCCGGAAGUUCGUUCAGAGGUCAAAGCCAGAAACACAACUUGCCACCUGGUGUGGGAACUGGAUGGUCGCGAUUCUCUCGAUCCCUCAAGCAGAAAACGAACACGGCGAUUAAGAAUCCGCUGGAGUCAGGAGCGUCUCAAAGCUUAUGAAGCAUAUCUCGUUCUCGCCGCACCUGCUUCUUAUGACGAGUCCAAUCUGGACUACCCUCUUCUGCUGAAUGAAGAAACACAGUUCUUGGGUCGGCGCAUUGGACCAGUUGUCAAUAAGAGAAACUUGAUUAGAGAGUUUCUUAGACUAUGCGAAAAUAAUCAUGACGAGCGCUGCACUGGAAAGCUGGGUAUUGAGGAUCCCUUUGCUGAGACACUCAAGCAGUCAUAUUUUGGAGUUAUCGACAUUCAGAACCAGAACUUGGUUCCGCUGCCUUAUACGAACAACAAAGAUUACCUCUCGUUUCAACCAUACGCGACAGUGAGCUAUGUAUGGGGCAACAUUCGCGAUCAUAGAACGACUCUGAGCAACAUACAAGACCGAUUAAAGUCUGGAGGUUUGGCCGCAACCAUCGACGCACUGCCUGUGGCACUUAAACAGAGUAUUGAGUUGAUUGAGAACUUGGGUAUCCGCUACAUCUGGAUUGACUCUCUCUGCAUAAUUCAAGAUAGCAGCCAUUCCUGGAACUUGAAUUCUCGCACAAUGCACCUAAUUUAUGGCAACUCUACACUAACUAUUUGCGCCGCGGAUGGCGCCAGUGCUGAAGUAGGCUUAAGGGCUAUUGAUAAGAACCAUUCGGUAGAGCAAAAUAUUGGACAGGUUGCCCCUGACGUUCAUCUCGUCUUACAUCAAUCACCAGAAUCCAACAUAGAAGACUCUGUGUGGAACCGGCGUGCUUGGACAUUUCAAGAGCGUCUCCUCUCUAGAAGAUGCCUCAUAUUCACCAAAGGGCAAGUCUAUUUCCAGUGCAGAAGUACUGGAAUGUCAGAAGACAUCUUUGUCGACAAAACCGGCCAGGGCUGGUCUCUGGAUCUCACCGGAGCGCCGCUUCAAACACUGACGCAGCUGAGGCAGAGAGCCCUAUGGUUCUAUGCAAACUGUGUCAGCUUAUACACUAAGAGGGAGCUUUAUGAGCCAUUUGACAUUCUUGCAGCGUUCAAUGGAAUGUGCAAGCUCAUCGAAGGGACACUGAGAUCACCUUUCACGUUCGGACUACCGACCUCACACUUUGAUUUCGCUCUGCUUUGGCAACCCGUCGGCAAAUCAUCUCUACUCGAGAAACCCAUUUCGAAAGACGAAAAGUAUCAGAAUAUGAAGUUCCCAAGCUGGUCUUGGUGUGGAUGGAAGAGUGAGGGUGUACUGUAUAACCGGCAAAUGAUUGAAGGAUGUUUGUCAGACGUACGUACCUGGCUGAGGGACCACACUUGGAUUGAUUGGCAUAUUCGUGACGGCUAUGGAACGCCACAGCGAAUUUGGGACAAUGCCUGGGCAAAGGAGGAUCGAAGUACCGAGGAAAGAUGGAGAGGAUACCGUGGCAACGACAAUAGCAACGAAAUUUGGGCAUCAGCGAAGCAAAAAUCGAGAAGUCGCACCAACAGAGCAUUACUCAAUCGGAUUCCGACUUCCCGACCUCCUCCAGAGUUUCUGAGGCCCGCUUACGAUCACCACCGCUACUACGAAAAUCGCCGUGACAGGGAGCUUAGGGCUAUGGAGGGAAUGCUGCCACGACCCCCAGCUAUUGAUCCUUUCGGCCGUCCACUGGAGGAAUCUGCCAGAGCCAACGUCAAGAAUCCAACAAAGCCUACCUUUGCGCUUACACUACCGGAAUACCCUUUCCAUGUCCCAGCUGCAGAAUCUAAGUGUCGGACUGGGGACCACAGAGAAUUUCCCGAUUUACCCAUUUUACAAUUCUUUACCUGGUCAAACAAAUUGCGCAUUGCCAUCAAAGAGACUGAUGCCACCUCUGAUUUGAAAAAAGAAAAGCUUACCAAUGGCAGUCCGUCACCAACAGGUGCCCAAAGCAUUUCCAGCCAAGGACCUCUCAGUCAAUGCUACAUCCUGGACCGACGAGGUGACCGCUGUGGUUCCAUCAUGGUUGACUCGGAAUGGCUGGCAAAAGGACCCUUGCCGCGUCAAUGCCGGUUCAUUGCCAUUUCAGAGGCCAAGUCGUUUACAACGGAAGAAAUGCCCGAGUGGACGUAUUACAUUCCCAAAGAGAGGGUUGAGUCAGAGUGGGAUAUAUACUUUGUUUUGCUUAUUGAGUAUCAUGCUCAGGAAGGUCUUUGGAGAAGGGUUGCUCUUGGAAAGGUAUUUAAAACGGCAUUUACUCAUGAUGAAGAUACAUGGAGGGAAAUUUUGUUGGGUUAG